ACGACCGCGCGCGAUUGCCGACGAUUAGCAUCUUCUCGCGACUCUCACUGGCCACCAUCCAGUUCCUCCCUCGGGCCACUUGCAUUCCAUGUCACCAGACCGACUAGAAACGCGAAAUCCAACAAAGCACCGACCGCACAAGACAUGAGACACUCCUCCCGGGUCCUAGGACGGGCGACAUAUUGCCGCCGCCCGUUGAUCGUACUACAAUGUUCACGCGUCACGGAAUCUCGACCGCAGACGAUACAAUCCCUCCAAUACGAUUCUAGUACCCAAUACGUCUCAGCAUACAUGCACUCGCAUGCUAUCCGAUCCUUCAGUUCGACUCCAGCUGCCACCGCGAGCAAACGAAAAGAUAACGGUAGCGACGCUCUCGUUCAAUACACGGUACAAAAGGGCAGGAUCUGGCUGCCCGACCGCGAGAAAUGGAUUCGGCCUUGGAAGCCCGUCGACAUCGAGACUUUUGCGUCGGGUUGGACCCGAGGAGAUCCCCUUCCCUUGGUGGUUAAGCGGAUGGGGAAGGAUGAAGUGGACCUAGACGAAGUGGCAUUCUACAAGAAGCUCAUUAUUCAGCUGUGUCGCCAGCGGGACCCUUCGUUGCCAUCCGACACUCGCAAGUUCGACUGGGGUCCGGCUUAUCAUGACGUUCAGGGAACCGACCAAGCGGAGGAGCGACGCAGGCUUCUCAGCAACAAGAUCAAACGCCGGCUUCGCUCGAUUUAUGACGCGCUUCUUGACUGCUAUCCCCAUCCCGAAUGGGUCUCGGGUUUGCAGAAAAAGACGCCGAACCAGUGGAUCGACCAGAUAGUAGACGUCCUAUCCGAUCCUGUUCGAGAAAUCCUGGCUAGUCCAUACCCGCCGACCAUCGCCAAGCUAAAGGAGCUUCCAUGGCUCGAGGUGAAUGAACAGAACGCAGGGGUUGAGCUGGGCGUCUAUGGCCUUAUAGAGCGCCCAGCUCAUAACCAAAGUUACAAGACCGAAGACGCCAGCCUGUAUGUAGGCUCAGCAGCUUCACACAGGGGAGGGUUUGUUCGGCGUCUCGUAACCCAUUAUUUUGCCCGGCAUAAAACCCUAGGUGCUAAGGGUGCAACCUGGAUCCAGGACGCCACGUUGAACCUCACAAUGCCCAAGUUCCCCUUCAUUCUUUUGCGGCUUCCUAAUCCCAUGGCCUCCAAGUCUCCCGCCAAGAAUCCGGAGGAUCUGCGGCAACUUAUCGUUCUGGCCGAGGCAUUAUUCAUGGUCUAUCUCGGAGCCAUGUCGACGUUUCAGGGCAAGCACCACCCUCUUGCACGGGCGAGCCCGUGGGACAUUGAAGACAUUUCGUAUCGAGGAGUCUCGGGCGCCAAUCCCCUCUGGGAAGCUUACGGUGCCGCGAAGCUGCAAGAGCAUGGUCACGAGCAUGACAGACGGCUGUUUGCUCGUCCCACUGAGUGGCCCGGCUGGCCCACGAAGAACCAGAAGGACAUCAAAUCGCAAAAGGACAGUGACGAUGAAGCUAUCGCGGCCAUCCUUGCAGCGGCCAAUAUCAAGGCCUUCCCGGGGACUCUUGGGUCGCGUUCGUCGUCUCAAAAGAAGACCCCCGUGUCUCGCAGUAAUAAUCCGUAGGCAACCACGGGAGUCAAUAGGGAAUAACAAUGUGGAGACAGAUCUGUGAUGCCGUGCGGCGGCUUAACAUGAUUUUCUUCCAUUUCAGGCCCUCCAGAAAUAUCACCAUGGCCAGCAAUUGAAUGUCCAAAAUCGGAAUGGGUUGCCCCGAGCCCUCUUCGGAUGAGUGUACCCCUACAUAUCCGCUGUCGUACUCCGGUUCGGAUGUCUUCCAGAAGUUCCUGUUCCUGACCCCAGAUUUCCCCGCACAAUGGAACGUCGUCCCGUCUAGCAGCCCCACCAACCUCACUUGGUGAUCUCCGCAUCUCUUCCCCAAUUGACCCCAAAUCCCCAAAAACGCCCUGGUGC